AUGUCCUCAACCAUCGAUGCUCAGAUCUUUGACAACGGCAUGGCUGAGAUCGUUCUCAAUCGCCCUCAAGCGUUGAAUGCCGCAGACAGCUCAAUGACGCAGCACAUGCACGCCAAGUUGAAGCAGUGGGGCGAAGAGUCUCGGAUCAAGGCAUGUGUCCUCCGCAGCUCGUCUGACAGAGCCUUUUGCUCUGGCGGAGACGUGAAAGCUCUCGCGCUGGCCCUGCAGGAGGAAGAGGAGACGAGGCUGGCGCACGAGGCCCUGGGGAACGAGUACAAGCUUAUCCACGAGGUGUCGAGCAUGAAGAUCCCUACCGUCUCCAUCAUGAACGGGGUGACGAUGGGCUUCGGCAUUGGGCUGGGCUGCGCGUGUCGUUACCGAGUCGUGACUGAGAAGACAAUCAUGGCCAUGCCGGAGAAUGGGAUUGGCCUCUUUCCUGAUGUUGGAUUCGCUUGGCUGAUGAGGAACCGUCCUGCUCACGGUCUUUAUUUUGCGCUGACGGGGGCGAGAAUUCACGCAAGGGACGACUCGUGCGGAACGAUGAUCGAUCUUGGGUUGGGAACACAUUUUGUAUCCACCGAGAAGCUCCAAGAUCUGAUCGAAGACCUUGAGAACGUGGACUUGUCGAGCAACCAAGACGUUCGAAUCGAGGAGUGUUUGAACAAGUACGCAGAGACGGGUGGGAGAGCUUCCAAGGGAAGACACAGUGGAAUCAUUGAGAAAUUGUUUGAUUACAAACAAUACGACAACGUGCAAGAUAUCUUCGCUGCAUUGGAACAAGAGAUUGAUCGAUCGGGCGAUGAAGCUACCUCAGCCUUUCUGAGAGAAACUCUUUCCUGCAUGCAGGCAGCAUGUCCGUUUUCCCUCGCAUCAACUCUCGCGCACUUCAAAUCUGUCUUCCAACAACAAUCUGUUGACCAACAGCUGAAGCUCACAGACCUCAAGUCUGUUCUGAUGCAGGAGUACAGACUAGCCACCCGCCUUGCGUACAGAGGCGACUUCCUCGAAGGAGUUUCCUCAAAGUUGAUUCGCAAAGACAACAAGUCAGCCUGGAACCCUCAGACUCUCAACGACGUCAAGGUGUGA